AUGUCUGUCAUGAACAUGAGUUGUGCUGAUUGCUGGAUCCAAGGAACAAAUCAUAGUGACCUUUUAGCAAGGGAGACUUCAACUACAGAGAAGUGGAUUCUGACCAUUGUGAUGAGUUUCACAAUAGUGGCAGACAUUAUUGGAAAUUGUUUGGUCAUUUUUUCAGUUCUGAGAAGCAAAAAGCUAAGAAAUCCUGGGAAUAUAUUUGUCAUCAGCCUGUCUGUUGCUGACCUAAUUGUUGCCAUGCAUCCGUAUCCUGUAUUUCUGAUUGCCAUAAUAAAUGAAGCUUGGAUACUUGGAGAUAUGCAUUGCAAAAUAACUGGGAUUGUCCUGAGCAUAGGUGUCAUUGGUUCUGUCUACAGCAUUACAGCCAUAGCAGUUAACCGGUACUGCUGUAUUUGUCACAGUAACAGAUAUGACAAGCUAUACAGUAUGAAGAACAGCUAUUUCUAUUUUGGCAUAGUCUGGGUACUGACUGUCAUUGUCUUGCUGCCAAACAUCUUUGCUGAUGCUUUACAAUAUGAUUCUCGGAUAUACUCAUGCACAUUUAUACAGAGUGUUAAUGCAUCAUGUUCAUUGACUGUGGCUGUUGUCCACUUUAUUAUUCCAGUUUCAGUCAUAAUCUUCUGCUACUCAAGCAUCUGGAUCUUACUUAUUCGGGUCAAGUAUCGAGUCAGGCAGGACAACAAGCAGAAGCUGAAACCUUCAGAAAUACGGAGUUUUAUGACUAUGUUUGCAGUGUUUGUGAUUUUUAUAAUUUGUUGGGGUCCAUUUAGCAUUAGUAGUUUUAUAGUAGGCUUCAGUCCACCUGGGAAUCCACCCCACAUUCCCACCUCUCUGUAUGUGCUAAGUUAUUUUAUUUGCUAUUUUAACAGUUGCCUUAGUGGCAUUAUCUAUGGAAUUAUGAACAAAAAUUUUCGUGCGGAGUACAAGAAGAUCCUUAUGCUGUUCUGUCUACCUGUACUAAAGUGUAAUAAAACAUCUCACAUCAGUUUAACAUAA